AUGGCAGACAAGGCACAAUCGUCGACGGCUGCUGCUAGGCCGUCAUGGAACAAGGAGGAAUGGGAGGCAAAAGCCAAAGCUAAAGAUGAGGAGGGUGCUGAAUAUGCCAAGGCAGCCGAAGAAGCCAUGUCACAGGGGAAAGCACCUCCUCGAAGAAAGAUAGGAGAUGAUCUACCGAAACCUACCAAAAACCUCGAAGCUAGAAAAGAAGAUUUAGAUUUAAAUAAAAACCUGAAUAAGACUAUGUUAGUACAAACGACGACGACGGGUAAAGGACCCAGAGGAGCUGGAUUUUAUUGUGAAAUGUGUAAUUUGACUUAUAAAGAUUCAUUGUCAUAUUUGGAUCAUGUGAAUGGUCGUGGACAUCUACGAAUGUUAGGUCAAACUACUCAAGUGGCAAGAUCAACGUUAACGCAAGUUCGAGCUAGAAUAGCAGCCCUAAGAGAAGCUACAAAAACAGCUGUAACGGCUAAAAACUUUGAUUUCCAAGCACGUUUGAAAGCUGUGAGAGAUGCGGAAUCCGAGGAAAAGCAAAGACGUCGUGAGGAGAAGAAGAGGAAAAGGGAGAAGAAAAGAGAAGAAGACGAGUUACGUCAAUUAGGUAUAUAUAGAGGUGAUCAAGAAGAAGAAAAUAAUAAUCAAUCUGCUCAAAUGAAUGGGAAAGAUGCUAAGAAAAGAAGAAAAGUUGAGAAGAGAGAAGAUAAGGAAGUCGAACAAGCUAUAAAAGAAAGAGAUGAUAUGGCCAAUAUGAUGGGUUUCGGUGGUUUCGGUGGUGGAGCGAAGAAGAGAUAA